AUGGCCGAGGUGGUGGGCCUAGUCACCGGCGUCGCAGGCCUCACGCCCUUAGUUACCAGCGUCGUCGGCGGCAUCAGACGAUUACGACGCAUCCGCAGAGACUCAACAGAUAUCCCCGAAGGUCUCGAGGCUUUAAUCAAGGAGCUAGGCUUUCUGCAGCUGGUCAUCGAAAAUGCAGAGACCAUACUCCACGGACCCGGAGCGGAAUAUUGCCGGGAAAGUAUCGCUGCCGUCGCCAAGGGCAUCGAAGAGCUGCUGGACAAGUUCCCAUUGGAGUCUAUCUCUAACGGCAAGAAACCCAAGCUGAAAGAAGCAUGGGACCUGCGCCACUGGAAAGAGGACAUCAGGGGGCUGAGAGAAACCGUUGAGAAGGCAAAGCAGGACCUGAUCUUCUUCCUCAUCAACUGUGCAAAAUGGUGUGAGAAAAAUGCACAUGUGGCCCUUCUUAAGGCUGCAUUGGAGUCCGGAUUCGAUCCCACGGUGAUCGACUCACCACUUUUUCGUGAAUGGUCGAGCUCACGGGCGUGGGACUAUUGUUGCGCGCCAUGGGCCCAGGACCCAUUCCUUCUACAGUUUCUCACCCUCGUAAGCAAGAACAACCAAGGGUUCGCUGGAAUGACACCUCUUCACGAAGCCGUACUAUUUGGACCACCUGAAGACGUUCAAAGGUGGGCUGCGCGGUCAGAGAAGAAUGAAAGGAACUCCUUAGGCCAGACACCUCUCCAUCUAGCCGUUUCCAAACCACAUCACCUACAAGCAAUUCUCAACGCCGGUCAUAAUCCAGAUGCUGUUGAUGGACAUGGAAUGACGCCCCUGAUGUAUGCGGCAGCUUCUGACGAGAUUGACGCAGCAAGGAUUCUUAUUCGUGCUGGCGCGGAUCCUUUUGUUCAGCACAGCGCGCUUCAUUUCACCUUCACCCAGUUCGCAAUCACACGUUCCAAUUGGGAUUUCAUCAGGGAUCUCUUUUACUUUUUCGAUCACGACGCCAUGCAGACCAUGGCAGAGAUGCUUUCAAAGCAGGUAGUUUCACUUCUGUUUCUGGACCUCUACAUACCUUGGAAGACUCGAAAAGACGAUUGCCUCCUGCAAAUGAUUUCAAGAUGCAAGUCUCUCAAUUUCUGUGUUGAAGAGUUCCCUGGGUUCGACAGUAGGCAAUCGGUCAAGGGUAGAACCCUCCUUCAUUAUGCCCACACAGCCAGAGAAGUGGACGCUUUGCUUGACCGUGGCUUUAAUGUUGUUAAUCAGGUGGACCAGAACGGUCAACACGCUCUGAUGAGCGCCAUCUCUCGCACAUACGAUUUCGAUCUGGAGCCUUUGGUUGGGCGCCUGCUGGAUGCCGGUGCUGAGAUCAACCUACAAGACAGAAGAGGCCACACAGCCUAUCACAUUAUGAUAGAUCGCUUUUCAAAUGAGAACCCAUAUGCCACCGAAGAGAACAUAGAUUCUCUUCAUACCCUGGUGGCUCGUGGGGCAGGCGUUCUGAUUCCCGACAACUGCAGAUGCUCUUGCUCAGUGUCAGGCUGUCUCCCAGUAGUAAUGGAUCGAAAACAAGAGCUUUGCUCUGUCAGGGCACCUACAGAAAGUUCAUCUGUCUUGUUGACAGAAUGGAUCAUUCUCUUAUUCGAAACUUGCGGAAUGGAAACAGCUAAACAGGCCCUCCUGGCCACUAUUCGACGCGCCGAGCACAAGAAACUUGACAUGACGCAUACUUGCUGUAUGAGGGCAACUCGUUCUUUUUAUCAGGAUCCAUAUCCAGAACCAAUGCCCGAGGACGAUAUAGAUGACAUCCUAGAAGAAGAAGCCGAGUUUAUGAGAAUCUUGGACGAGACGAUGGAUCAUGAGUCAGAAAGAGAGUUCAGCUCCCUCCUACAAAGUGCCAUUCUGAACACGAAGCCUCACAUGGACGAAACCGGUAACCGGCUGUGGUCAACUGAGAAUAGAAACGGUGGAAUGACAAAAGUGCUUCGUAGCGUUCACGUAGACCGCGCAAAUGAUUGGUUUGUCCCCGAAUACGAAUAUUAUCCUAUCUCUCCGUCAAGAGCUACCCGCAAGGUCGUCACAGAGAUUUCUGUGUAUGUCUUUUGGCUUGAAAAGCGGCUUCGUAAGAGCAUGGGUUCAGAACAGACGACGGUAAAUUCUUGGAGAGAUAGCUACUUUCGAAGACUCUCCUGGUUGCACCUUCUAUGCAAUUCCAUGGAGAUAUCUACAGAGGAACUGGCCGAACAUUUCCGGUAUCGAGCUACGAGCCCCUACCGUUCGUCUUAUGAGAAAGAAAAUAUCAAUGAAGAUGCCCAGCACUUCCUCCAGUCCUGGGCAGAAUGGAGCGUCAAAGGGCCAGCGGUGGGGGUUGGUUCGACUGCUGGGUUCGCUGACUGGCCCUUGGAGGAAUCGAGUGACUAG